AUGCCCCACCACCCUAUCUCCGAAACGGCAGUCUCCGCGCCGGGAAAGGUCCUGUUGACGGGUGGCUAUCUGGUGCUUGACAGACGGUAUACGGGGAUGGUAUUUGCGCUUAACGCGCGCAUUCAUGUUGUUGUGCGGCAGCUGCAGAGGGAGAAAUCAAAGAGAGACGAGGGGUUAGCGGGUGCGCCAAGGAGGGGUGGGGAGGGUGGAGUGGAGGGCGGUAGCGAUGGUAAUAGCGAUGAAGGGGAGGAUGGGAAGGGUGGAGAGGAGGUGGGGGCGGAGGGCGUGGAUGGGGAAGUUGAUGGGGACCAGGAGGAUGAUGAGAUAAUUGUGGUUAAGUCACCACAGUUUGUCGAUGCGCUGUGGGAGUAUGGGGUGAGGAGGGAGCCGGAUGAGGGUGGAGUGAGGGUUGUGCAGAAGGGGGAUGGCUACGUUUCCGCAUCCAAACUCUUCGGCUCUCUCUCCAUCACCAUCCUCGCAGACAAUGACUACUACUCCCAAACCGCGACCUCACAAGCACCGGGUGCCAACAGAGGAACGCGCUUCGCAGACUUUGGCGUCAAGCUGGAUGAAGCGCACAAGACCGGUCUAGGCUCAUCUGCCGCGCUCGUCGCAGCGCUUGUUUCCGCCAUUGUCAUCCACCGCACCGUACAACCAGAGGAACUACCUACAGUGCGAGAUAAGCUACAUAAUCUCGCCCAAGCCGCCCACUGCGCCGCACAGGGGAAAGUCGGUUCGGGGUUCGACAUUGGCGCUGCCGUCUACGGUUCGUGUCUUUACCGACGUUUCUCCCCCGCUGUACUUGGAAGUUUGGGGGACGUCGGGACCCCGCAGUUCGAAGAACGGCUCUUCGCCGUCGUUGAAGACCUCAACACAAAGCACCCAUGGGAUACGGAGUGUGUUGACUUUGGCACCAAGCUGCCUCGGGGCAUGCAGAUGGUGCUAUGCGAUGUGGACUGCGGCUCGCAAACGCCAGGGAUGGUGAAACAAGUCCUCCAGUGGCGCGAGAAUAACCGGGAGGAGGCAGACGUGCUCUGGGCGGAGUUGCAGCAAAACAACGAUAGAUUGCGUCUACUGCUGAAAGACCUACUGCACCGUAAUGCGCUUAAUAACAGCCACAGCCGUGCCGCGGCUGUCCACCGCCCUUCUUCAUCGUCAUCAUCGUCAUCCGCGGUCUCGCGGGGUCAUCAGCAUGCGAAUACAGCUAACAUCAAUGACGUCGUCGACGAAGACGACGACGACGACGACGACAAUGACGGAAAUAGAUUCGACGGCGUCAGCAGACUCAUCUCCCGCUCUCGCGCUCUGCUGCGCACCAUGACAGAGAAAAGCGGCGUGCCCAUCGAGCCAAAGGUGCAGACAGAGUUGCUGGAUAGGUUAUCCGCGGAGGUGGAAGGGGUGAUAGGCGGCGUUGUCCCCGGGGCUGGCGGGUAUGAUGCCGUUGCAUUGCUGGUGCGGGACGAUGCGGCGGUUGUAGAUAGGCUGCGCGCGUUCCUGCGGACGUGGAAGAGCUCCGUCGAGGAUGAUUUCGGCGGCAGGAUUGAGAGGGUGAGGUUGCUGGGCGUGGCGCAUGGUUCUGAAGGGUUGAGGAAUGAGAAUCCGGCGCAUUAUUUUGCGUGGAUGUCGUGA